AUGUGGUUUUGGGGAGGAACUUCGAGCACUUCACCGCAGAAGGAAGUAACUGACAUAUCUCCUCAGGAAUUCUACUCCGCCGACCACCUUCUGAGGCUGUUGGAUUCCUUGCCGCCUUGUGAUGCCAUCGAUGAGAGAAACCGGGAGUCCACAAUUGAAACGCUGCGGCAGGUUGCUGAAGUGCUCGUGUGGGGCGAGCACAACAAUCGGGGAUACUUCGACACCUUUUGCGAGCAAAAUGUCCUGUCGUACUUUGUGCAACUGGCGGAGCAGCCGAAUGUCCCCAAUACAGUCAAAGUACAGCUCCUUCAGACGCUAAGCAUCAUAGUGCAGAGCAUAAACAAAGAAACAGCGGUUUAUUACAUGUUCAGCAACAAUUACAUCAAUUCAUUGUUGAGCACGAAGUUCGACUUUGACGAUGAAGAGGUUGCUAGCUGGUACGUCUCCUUCAUCAAGAGCUUAUCGCUGUUAGUAAAUCCGGACACAAUAAAGCUCUUCUUGAACGAACGCGCGAAGCACUUUCCCAUAUACAGCGAAUCCGUGAAGUUCUUCCGAGCUAAGGAUUCGAUGGUCCGCACCCACUCGAGGAACGUCACUCUCAGUUUAUUUAGAGUACAGGACCCUUCUUUGCGCUCUUUUCUCCUUGAGAGGCCUAUUUUCUUUUCACACGUUGCCUGCUAUCUCCGGGAGCUGUUGGAUGGCCUACUUCUACGUUUGACCGCCACCCGUGCUCCUCCACCAGACCGUGACCGUGGCAUUCAGGAUGCAGUACUAGAAAUAGAAGAGAUGCUCUUUUACAUUCAAGAUAUGUUCAAUCUUGGCAUUGAACAGUUUUCAGACCUUCUUGCAGCUCGCCUUCUGGUGCACUGCUACUUACCACUGAUAGGCAUGCUUGGGAUUCGUUUUAAGAGCAGGCGAGAAGGGGACAACUCGAGUUCGGAAAAAGCGGGAGCAGGCGCACAUGACAAUAUCUCUCCAUGCCCGCAGCCACAUGGAAGUGGUGAACAGGAUCGCCGCUCUGGAACGCCAAGGAAGAGCACUGCAGUUGACAGCUGCCCGCAAGUCGACAAGUCUGUUGAACAAGGUUGGAUGUGGGGAUGGGACACGCCAGACGAUUUGCAGAGUCUAGGCCUCACCACAGGGAUAUCGGACAAAUUGGGAGAUGCUGACAGAGACUCAAAUAUUUUACCUAAUCAAACCGUCGACCUCAGCAAAUCGUGGCGUGCUCGAGCAGCAGAGGCAAUGUCGAGGAGGCUAAACGAAGGUCCACGGGGAAAGGGAGAAAGCAGUGCAUGUAUGGUGCCAGAAGAAAGCAGUGCAUCUGUUCCACAUGGGGCUACCAGCGUGCCAGAGUCCCAACAACAAAACCAGUGGCACAGUAUUUCCAACCGUGACGCGGUGAUGCGGGUCAUAUUGUUCUUCUUGACCCAUACAUUCAAUUGCAUUCAGAAUGAAAAGUUGCUCCAACCCGUUGUAGCUGCUUUGCUACUGCCGCGAGUACCCCAGCCGCUGUACGAAUUGAUAAUGGCCAAGGCACCGACGACCCCAGAGGCCUACAGAAAUUUGCGGAAUCCGACCGACUGCGCUGGGCGUAUAGAGAUGUUCCUCCCGAUUCAAGAACAACCCAGCAGUGACGUGACUAGCGAAGUAACGACAGAGGGUAAUAACGUCCGGACAGAUAGCAAUCACUCCUGUAAAGAAACCAGGGAAGCCACUUCACCACGGGAGGGUGACCACGAGAAAAUCCUUUCAGACCUUUCUCUCGAAGACCGCAUCCGGAUGCUAAACAUCUCUAUGGAUUUCCUUCAUAAAUUGAACUACUUCGAUAACCCAGGUGGAAUUGAAGGGUCCCUUAGUCAAAACCAAGCUUGGCAACUGCUAAGUUCCCAGUUCGCUUCUCAAGAUGUCUCCGAACCGAAAGCAGAGUCCAGAAGGAGGCAGGCCAACGGGAAUCAAAUCAUAUGGUGCCACAAUCCUGUUCAGCACCAUCUGAUAACUCUGCUCGACGGUUGCAUGCUCGCACAGCAGCAAUGUGACGUUUCCUUUCUCGUGUUGGCAAUCCUACUGGAGUCCAUAUUCCGCCAUCCUGCCACCACAACAGGGUUCCUAAUGCGUGCCUGCAUUCUGCCUAGUGGAUAUCCUCUACCUAAUCGCAGUAUCCCCGAGAUGUCGGAUUCUGGAAGAUCGAAAUCUCGGUGUAGUGAUACGCGGACACCUGAAUCAGCGGCGUCAACACCCGCAGAGAUUGCUGCGCCGCGUCUCAACAGUUAUCAUCAUCAAGUAGAGCCGCUGGAACGCUUGGCUUCGCCCACAACGGAUAGCCAUGUAACAACCGACGGUGUCUUGUGGCUACCGGCCAGUGCACCGGCCACGCAUUCGUUGAGCAUUCAUCGACAACCCGGAAUGCACGGUCUCUGCAGCGCACACAAGCGCAAGCACUAUGACAAAAUGAGCUGGUGCUUCACAGCGCAGAUGCUUGAUGCUGUCCACGCCCAACUUCCCAACACUUUAUUACGCCCAAUUUCACUCAGGACGGCCCUUUCCGUCAUUUCCACUCUUACCACAGAACAUAUCUUAAAGGUUCAGUCCUGGGAGUACAGGGCGAGAUCCCUGGAAGUACUUGCCAACAAGAUGCUAAAGCUAAGACACGCAGCGGCAGUGGCGGCAAAACUGUGUCUCUCUGCAUUAUCGGACGGCCAUACAAUCGAUGUAUUUUGGGAUGAAUGGGAGGUCCACAGAAUAGGGGCCAUCACUGACUGGGCAUUUUCCCGCGAUUUCCGUAUUCUUCUUUCUCCCCCAAGCUCACAGACAGACUCGAAGGCUAGUGCGUUUCCUCCAUAUCUUCUGGUGGCUACGACCGACCAAGAGAUAGAACGGCGCUCCAUCCAGGUGUUUCUGCUCUUGCGCCGACUGCAUCGGGAUCUAUCUGCAAUCUUGGAGGCGAUAAGGGAAACUCCACACGAUGUCACUGCUGUGGCGCAAAAGGCAUCUGCAAUCCUGCAUGGAACAUCCGUGGAGCCCAACCCUCUUGAAAGUGAGGACAACGCAGGCGAGCCGUCUCACGUUGGCGAUUUGAAGACUUUGGGGAAGGAAGCAACACCUCAACUCUCUUUGGAGGGUCGUAACAUUAUCCGCUGCACUGUGGAAACUUCUUCUGGACCUGCUACUCGUUAUUGUGUUCAAGAUGAAAAGCGCCUCUUACUAGUGACCCCAUCUUGCGUCUUUCCUGACGUUGGGGAUAUCAGGACUUCGCACCCUCUGCGGAAUGUUGAAUGCCGCUUGAAAACGAACAGCUCACGCUGCAUGCACCUACUGAUUUUGGAUGUUGUGCCCCCCACCGACGGGCCUUCGCAGUCAUCGUCCAGCGACCCGCCAGAGGGGCCUCCCACUAUGCGAGUCAGCCUGACAGCUCCUCCUUUAAAGGAAGGUUAUCGCAUGGAACGUCCAGCACUUUGGGAAAUCCGCCUGCACUUUGCCGAUGCCUUGCGGUGCAGCACUGUAUUUCAUGCCCUGCAGCAAGCACGUGGAAUAGUCCGCAGAAAUUUAGCAUCGCGCAUUGCUGACUUGCUCGAAGAAGUCUAA